GGUUUUAGUCAGUUUAUUGAUAUGGGCCCCUCAGAAAGAGUGAUUGUCGGGGGGAUUUGAGUGUCGGCAUGCAGGCCAUAUUAGAUUAGAUCAGCGCGAUGCAGCCACAGACCUUCACCCCUGCCAUGCGCGGAGAGUUGGGAGCGUCGCCAGCGGUGGCAGAGGUAGAUGAGGACCUCACAACCCCUGGAGAGACAUCUGUAGAGAGGCUGGACAGGUUUGAUAGUCACCGAGCUUGCCUCCUGGCACGAGCCGACCCCAUGACGCAGGAGUUGGCUCGUCUAGCAGCGAAGGAGCGACAGCGACAGUUGGGGACCUUUAUGGAGAUCCCCCCUGACGCACAGGCGGCUGCUCACAUCGAUCUGAUGACAGAGGUUCGUGAUGGGACGCAGGUGGAGGUAGCUGGACGCGAGGCAGCUUUCGCAGGGACGCAGGGGGAGGCAGCUGCAGGCGAGGCGAUUUCAGCAGGGAUACAGGGGGAGGCAGGUGCAGGCGAGGCGACUUCACCAGGGAUGUCGGGGGAGGCAACUGGACAUGAGGCAGGUGGAAGCGGGACGGGUGGAGGCGAGGCAGCUGGGAUGCAAAGGGAGGCGCAGGGGUUGCAGGAGACCGAGGUCCCCACACCAGACGACCCGCGUCUGGUGCCCGACCUGCCUCUUCACGACGGGCAGAGGACCGAGGAUGCUUUCCGUGAGACAGAGGACAUGCCUCCGGGUCUGGAGGACAUACGGGCGGAUCAGUCGAUGGGCGUUGAUGAUGGUACCCCAUCGGCACAGCCAGACAGGAUAGCGCCGACCACGGGGGGGGGGGGGGGCGUCACGGGGGACGCUAUAGUUGAGGGGGGGAAGGACUUAGAGGAGCGAGUUCAGGGUGAUCCGGUGUCCUCAGUUGGGGUUGGUCGCCAUGUAGAGGUCGAUACCAUGUUGUACAUAGAGAGGAGGCGAUAGGUACGCCUGACAGAGACAGACAGGAGGCGUCGCGGAGCUUGGUGGUCCGCACUGCCGUGGGGCCGGUGGUGC